AGCUGGGGACUGCGUUUUGAUGCGACCAGUAGAAAAUGAUUCUGCCCCAUAUGUGGCACGCGUGGAAAAGAUUGAGGCUGAUAACCGUAACAAUGUGAAGGUUCGAGUAAGGUGGUACUAUAGACCAGAGGAAUCUGUGGGAGGCCGGAGACAGUUUCAUGGAGCUAAGGAGUUGUUUCUGUCAGACCACUAUGACACUCAAAGUGCUCACACCAUUGAGGGAAAGUGCAUUGUUCACACUUUCAAGAAUUACACUAAGCUGGAGAAUGUUGGGCCUGAGGAUUACUAUUGCCGUUUUGAGUAUAAACCUACUACUGGAGCUUUCCUGCCAGAUCGUGUUGCAGUGUAUUGCAAAUGUGAGAUGCCAUAUAAUCCAGAUGAUUUGAUGAUACAAUGCGAGGAAUGUAAAGACUGGUAUGUAAAUUGCUUCCUUCCUUUAUGUUGUUUCCCAUUUUUAAAAUUUGAUGUAUAACAUAAAAAGUCAUAG